CGCUUUUAACAAUGCAUUUGACAUAUCCCGACCUCGUGCGACGGCUCUACGACCUGGAACGUCUUGCCGAAUCCCCGUUGCCCGGAGAGCGCGGCGGGUGUAUGUCGAGCUAUGACCGGGCCUCACGCUAUGACCCAAAGGAAGACAAGUACAUUGACUGGGACGCCAACGACGAUGGGCGAGGCAUCAUCCGCGAAGAAGGCGAGUGGAUAGUCGCCUUUGAGCGGCGGGGUCCAGGAGUCAUCUGGCGGACGUGGUCCGCGAUGCCAGAUGUCGGCCGUAUCCAGAUCUUCAUUGACGACGAGCACAAUGACAAGCCUGUCGUGGACAUGCCCUUCCGGGACCUUUUCGAUCGGUUUCAAGGGAUGCCACACAAUUUUCCCUCGAUAACUCCGACUCUGUCAAGAGGACGUAACUGCUUCAUUCCCAUUCCGUACAACAAGUAUGCCAAGAUCCGCCUCGGGCCAGGCUGGGGAGCGUACUAUCAUUUCACUUACACCUCAUUUCCCAAACACACUACGCUUCCGCACUUUGAUGGCAACUUCGAUCGGGAGGCUUGUCUGGCAUUGGCCGCAGCUGACCGCGAACUGAGUCAACGUGGUUGGUCCGCACUGCCUCGGUCAAAGGGCGACACGAUGGAAACAUUGACUGUCACCAUCAAACCGGGCAAGAGCCAUACUGUUCGGGAGCUGACGGGCAACCGAGCAAUCACUGGCAUGCGUGUGGUACCGUUGGACCUAGUCCAGGACUCUCAUCACGUCGCCCAGAUUCUCCGGGAGCUCGCUAUCCAGAUAACAUGGGAUCAUGACAAGUCUCCAAGUGUCUGGGCACCAUUGGGUGACUUCUUUGGUAGCGUUCCUGGCAUCCAGACCUACCGUUCCCUGCCUCAGGGCUCGACAGACGGGGGUGGAUUCUACAGUCACUGGUUCAUGCCAUUCUCCGAUUGUGCUGAGAUCAAGCUGGUCAAUGAUGGCAAGAAGGAGCAAAAGCUAUUCUUCACCAUCUGCCACCGCCCACUGGAAAAGUCUGCGAAGCACAUGCUUCGGUUCCACGCCAAGUGGCACCGAGAUGUUUUCCUCGAGAAGCCGAAGAAAGAGGGCCGCGAGAUCGACUGGCCUUUGUUAAUGUUAGAUAACGGCCCUGGAAGAUUCUGCGGCGUGCAGAUGCACGUGUGGAACCGCUGGAAAGAUCCCAAGGUCCCAUCAAAGGACUGGUGGUACGGCGUCGGCGGCGACAAGUCGAUUGACUGGUGGUGGGGCGAGGGGGACGAGAAGUUCUUCGUCGACGGCGAAAAGUUCCCGUCAACCUUUGGCACCGGUUCAGAAGAUUAUGUGGGCUACGCGUGGGCGGCCGAACCGCCAUUUCCGACUUUCGACAGCGCUUAUGCCUGCCAACCUUACAUUGAGCUGGAUGCCAACGGGCACACAUCAGUCUGUCGCUUCCACGUGUGCGAUGACGUGCCUUUUCACAAAAGCUUCGAGGCCUACAUUGAGAAGUAUAAGCCCAAUGACUGGGGCUCAGGCAACAAAUGUCUAUACGCAGUGGUUGCUUACUGGUAUCAGAAGGCUGGGGGCCAUGAUGCGUACGAGAGCGUGUCAGUAAAGGAGCGCUAUCUCCAAAGAAAGGAGAACUCCGAGCGAGUCGGUGACGGAGGUGAGACAGAGUUAUGA